UAUAACCCUCCACGUCGAGUCGAACCGUCGGAGCAGCAGAGCCACCCUAUUCCUCUUCCGAGUCGGAGAGACACGUCGGCGACGGUGACGGCGAAGAAGAAGAGUAAGAUGUCGAGGGAAGUCGAAGAAGAGGAAGAGAAACGACGUCUUCAUAGGAAGCUCGAAGAAGCUCUCGAAGCCAAAUCUCUUCGUCGUAUCAUCAGUGCUUAUCUCAAUUAUCCCGAGGCUUCGGAGGAGGAUGUCAAACGAUGGGAAAGAUCGUUUAGGAAGCUGCCUCCUGCGCACAAGGCAUUGCUAUCCCAUUACCCUAUUAAAUUCCAGAAUUUAAGAAGGUGUAUAUCGAUGAAUUCGUAUUUCAUAUUUAACAUGCUUCAGGCAUUUGAGGCCCCUCUAGAUUUGAGUCAGGAUCUUGACAUUUGUGAAGAUUCAAACCCUGACUCUGCUCCAAAUGAUAAUCACAUUUUGGAUGAAAGACAUGACUCUACUUGUCAGCCUGCAUCAACAAAUAAUUGUGAAUAUCAGGAAAAUCCGGAAGGAAGUAAAGACGUGUACAAGUCAGAGACUGGAGUGCCAUCUAAUGAGGAGCUCCAAAGAGAUAAUCCUCAUGAUCGUCCCCCCAUGGACCGUUCUGGAGAUACAAGAAUGAACAAGGAGACAUGUAAUCGUGAUGGACACCCUAUAAGUUAUGAUGACUGCAAUGUAUCAUCACCAUCUCGGGAUUGGUUGGAUCCAUCAUUACAGAUACAUGUUCCUCUUGUUGAUGUAGAUAAGGUUCGUUGUAUAAUAAGGAAUAUAGUUAGAGACUGGGCAGUAGAGGGGCAGAAGGAACGCGAUCAAUGCUACAAGCCAAUCCUUGAAGAGCUUGAUUCCUUGUUUCCUAAUCGUCGGAAGCAGAGCCCCCCUCCUGCCUGUUUAGUCCCAGGUGCCGGGCUUGGACGGUUGGCCCUUGAAAUUUCAUGUUUAGGUUUCAUUAGCCAAGGAAAUGAGUUUUCUUACUACAUGAUGAUAUGCUCAAGUUUUAUUCUUAAUCAUACACGAGUGGCGGGUGAAUGGACAAUACACCCCUGGAUCCACAGCAACUGCAACUCACUAUCUGAUAAUGAUCAACUACGCCCCAUUUCUAUACCUGAUAUUCAUCCUGCAGGUGCAGGGAUAACAGAUGGUUUCUCUAUGUGUGGUGGUGAGUUUGUUGAAGUAUACAAAGACCCAAGUCAAGAAGGGAUGUGGGAUGCAGUUGUGACUUGCUUUUUCAUCGACACGGCUCAUAAUGUUAUUGAGUAUAUAGAAAUCAUAUCCAAGGUUUUGAAGGAUGGAGGAGUUUGGAUAAACUUAGGACCGCUAUUAUAUCAUUUUGCGGAUACGUACGGGCAUGAAGAUGAGAUGUCUAUUGAGCUAAGUUUAGAGGAUGUAAAGAGAGUGGCUUUCCAUUUUGGGUUUGAGAUUGAGAAGGAAAGGACUAUCAAAACAACGUACACGACGAAUCAUCGGUCCAUGAUGCAGAACAGGUACUAUGCAGCCUUUUGGACAAUGAGGAAGAAACCUUCUCCGGCUACGUAAGAAAGCCAAAAAAAAAAA